GCAACACAAAUCAUGUGUAAUGUGUAACUUUCAUACUCGUAGCUAUUAGCGUGACUAAUACAGUAAUACCUGAUCUGAUCGUAAAACCAUUUCACAUGAAACCUCCUCUUCUAUAUUUUUUUAAAAAAAAAAAGCGUAACUUACAUAUACUCAUAGCUAUUUGCGUGACUAAGACAGUAAUAUCUGAUCAGAUCGUCAAACCUUAUCACAUAAACCUCCUCUUCUAUGUUUUAAAUUUAAAAAAAAAUUAUGCAUAACUUACAUAUACUCAUAACUAUUUGCGUGACUAAUACCUUAUCUGAUUGUCAAACCGUUUCACAUGAAACAUCCUGUUCCAGACUUCUAUAUUUAAAAUAUGAAAAAAAAUAAUGUAACCUCCAUGAUAGUGGUAUAAAAAGAAAUAAAGAAAGGAAUCACUAUUUCCAACUUCACUUGCUUCCAUUUUAUCCCCAUAAAAUUCCCUUUCACUUGGUUUCAGUGUUAGUGCUCUCUGCUACUCACUUCACUUCAAUUCUCCCCACCCUAACUUCUCUAGCUUACCUUCAAUUCAUUCUUCCUCCAUUUCUUCUUCUUCUUUUUUUUUUUCUCCCUUCGUUUUCUCAAUCCCAGGUAUUACUUUCUUUUACUCUCUCCUAUUUUUUCCAUUUUCCUCCAUUUUUUUUCCUUCACUGUUUGAUUUCUCCAUCACUUUAAUUUGCUUCUUCUCCAAGUUUCUACGAGAUUGGAGUAGAAUAUUUAUCAAGCAUCAUCAAAAGAGGAGAAGACUAUACGACGUAGUUUCCAACAGUCUAGCUACUUGUUGAGGUAUUAAUGCUAUACGGCUCUGUUGCUGCUGUUGCUUAAGUUUAUAAAGCGGAGACGUUAAAUCAUAGCUAAAGAAAUGCCGAAUCGACAUAUAAGAGACCCGGAGCAGAAGCAUAUGAUCCCCAAGAAACCUGUGGAAAGCAGCUUAGUGAUUUCGUUGCCAUCUAACAAGUCUUCCCAGAAUGCUAAAGAGAGAUUGGAAGAUGCUCCGAAAAAUGCUAAGCGGAGGAGAGGAAGAAGAAAGACAAAAGGUGCCAUUGUUGAAGAUUUACCCGCUGACGGGAAACUUCAGUUGCAUGCUGAGCCUCCCACAUCCAACAAGGGCAUUGUGUUCCAACAGAGGCCGGGUUUUGGCCAGUUGGGCACUAAGUGUGUUGUUAAGGCGAAUUAUUUUCUUGCUGAGUUAUCGAGGUCGGAUUUAUGUCAAUAUAAUGUUACUAUAACUCCUGAAGUAAAAUCAAGUAAAUUGAAUAAAGCUGUCAUGGCUGAGCUUGUGAAACUUCACAGAGAAACUAACUUGGGUGCAAAGCUUCCUGUUUAUGAUGGUAAGAAGAAUCUUUACACUGCUGGACUACUGCCUUUUACGACGAAAGAGUUCAAGGUUACAUUGCUUGAAGAGAGUGAUGGGUUUGAAUCAACGAGGAAAAAUGAAUUCGAGGUUAAAAUCCAGUUUGUUGGUUUUGCUCGAAUGCAUGAACUACAUGAGCUUCUUGCAGGUAAACAGGUUAAAGCACCUCAAGAAGCUCUCACAGUCAUUGAUACUGUCUUGAGGGAAAUGGCCGCAAAAAGGUAUUUACCAUUUGGAAGAUUAUUCUAUUCUCCUGAUAUUCAAAAGCCUCAUCAACUUGGUGGUGGUUUACACUCAUGGCGUGGCUUCUAUCAGAGUGUAAGAGCCACGCAGAUGGGAUUGGCCCUGAAUAUUGAUAUGUCAGCAAGCGCAUUCAUUGAAGCACUCCCAGUAGUUGAAUUUGUAGCUCAAAUAUUGGGGAAGGAUGUACGUUCACGACCAUUGUCUGAUGCAGAUUCUGUUAAGGUUAAAAAAGCACUUAGAGGCAUCAAAGUGGAGGUUACUCACAGAGGAAAUGUACGGAGGAAAUAUCGAGUGUCAGGAUUGUCAGCACAGCCUACCAGAGAGCUAAUCUUCCCAGUUGAUGAGCAAAUGAAUAUGAAGUCAGUGAUUGAGUACUUCCAGGAGGUCUAUGGAUUUACCAUUCAAUAUGCUCACCUCCCUUGCCUUCAAGUAGGAAAUCAAAAGAAAGUAAAUUAUUUGCCGAUGGAGGCAUGCAAAAUAGUUGGAGGACAGAGAUAUACGAGAAGAUUGAAUGAAAAACAGAUAACAUCUCUACUCAAAGUUACAUGUAGACGACCAAGUGACCAGGAAACAGAUAUUUUGCAGACUGUUCACCAGAAUGGCUACAACCAAGAUCCCCAUGCACAAGAGUUCGGCAUAAAGAUAGAUGACAAACUUGCUACGGUUGAGGCUCGUGUUCUUCCUGCUCCAUGGCUGAAGUACCAUGAUACUGGAAAAGAGAAACAACACUUGCCUCAGCUUGGUCAGUGGAAUAUGCUAAACAAGAAAGUGAUUAAUGGGAGCACUGUAAGUAACUGGGCUUGCAUCAACUUCUCAAGAAGUGUACAAGAGACGGCUGCUCGUGGGUUUUGUCGUCAGUUGGUGCAGAUGUGUCAAGUCUCUGGAAUGGAAUUCAACCCUGAACCUGUAAUCCCUAUCCAUUCUGCAAGGCCAGACCAGGUGAAGAAGGCCUUGAGAUAUGUAUGUAAUGCUGCUGCUAGCAAACUUGAUGGGAAGGAGCUGGAGUUGGUUAUUGCCAUUCUACCGGACAAUAAUGGCUCUCUAUAUGGUGAUUUGAAGCGAAUUUGUGAGACGGAUUUGGGAUUGAUUUCGCAAUGCUGCCUAACCAAAUAUGUCUUGAAAGUUUCCCGGCAAUACCUAGCGAAUCUGUCCUUGAAAGUUAAUGUAAAGUUGGGAGGAAGAAAUACAGUCCUUUUGGACGCUUUGAGCUUGAGAAUUCCAAUGGUUAGUGACAUCCCAACAAUAAUUUUUGGAGCUGAUGUAACUCAUCCAGAAAGUGGGGAAGAUACUAGCCCAUCCAUCGCUGCUGUUGUAGCAUCUCAAGAUUGGCCAGAAGUAACAAAGUAUGCUGGCAUGGUAUCUGCUCAGGCACACAGACAGGAAAUUAUACAAGAUUUGUUCAAAACCUGGCAAGACCCACAACAAGGAACUGUCACUGGAGGCAUGAUCAGAGAACUUUUGCUAUCCUUUAAGAGGGCCACUGGACAAAAGCCGCUGAGGAUAAUAUUUUACAGGGAUGGUGUCAGUGAUGGACAGUUCUAUCAUGUUCUAUUGUAUGAGCUUGAUGCCAUUAGAAAGGCAUGUGCAUCACUGGAACCCGGCUAUCAACCUCCAGUGACUUUUGUUGUGGUUCAAAAGCGUAAUCAUACAAGAUUAUUUCCAAACAAUCACAAUGACAAGAGAAGCACUGACAAGAGUGGGAACAUCUUGCCCGGUACUGUGGUAGAUACUAAAAUAUGUCAUCCAACCGAUUUCGACUUCUUUCUCUGCAGUCAUGCUGGGAUUCAGGGAACCAGCAGACCUGCACACUACCAUGUUCUCUGGGAUGAUAACAAUUUCACUGCCGAUGAGAUACAAUCUUUAACAAACAACCUUUGUUACACGUAUGCUCGCUGCACACGAUCUGUCUCAGUUGUCCCUCCAGCAUAUUAUGCCCAUCUGGCAGCUUACAGAGCUCGGUUCUACAUGGAACCUGAUAGUAGUGAUAGUUCAGGGGGAUCACAUAAUUCACGCGCAAACAAAGGCCAAAGCUUCCGCCCGUUGCCAGAAUUGAAGGAUAAGGUCAAGAAUGUAAUGUUUUACUGCUAAGCGUAGAUUGACAGUAGAUUAAUCAUGUGUAUAGUUCCUCGUGUAAUUAUAGUUGUAGUGACUAGUGAAUAGUGCAUAACAAAUUUUGAUAGUUAUGAGAAGCUUUUGCUAGUCCUUCAAUUAUGAAUGUAUAAGUCAUAUAUCAUAGCCUCCA